UUUGCACGUAUAUGUCUCGAUUGUGCGUGUAUAUUUAUUAAUUUAUUUUUUUAUUUUACACAACGUUUCUUUCCACAUUGAGCGCUCGGAGAGUAUUUUGCCUCGAUUUGAAUUCCGCGAUGACAGUACAGCGCAUAGCGUAGCGCACGAGGAAUCUGUUUUUCGGUGAUCGUAAAACUGAAUAGAAGAAAAAAUUGAUGCAAGCCACGCAUGAAGGAAAAGAUUUAUUAAAUUGACAGCGAACGACGCUAACAACCAAUUGCCAAUUGGUCAGUGAAAUGUAAAAAAGCCUAAUGGAAAGUGUGGUGAAUUUGCGCGCAAAUUAUAAAUAGAGUGACACCAAAGUGAUAACAGAUUAUAGCAACACCGAAAAAAUAGUUCGCCCAGUUCAGAAAAUAUUAAGGGUCGGUGUGAUUGAAAAAAAAAAAAAAACAAGUAAACGAUUAAAGUACCUGAGCUUUGCGUACCGAGCUUGUGCGAUUGGCGUGAUCCAAGAACCGGUCACCUAGAACCAGGUAUUUUAUGUUGGCAGAAAGUGUAAUCUUCGGAACUGCAGAUCUCAACGGAAGAAGAAAUAAGAAUAGCAAGUGAUCUUCGCUGGAAGGCAUGAAAGAUGUGAACAAGUGUGCUUAUGUUUUGAUCGUUUUUGUCAGCUGGUCAAAAAGUUGAGUUCUGUUUGAUCUAGUAGAAACAAAAGAUCGAGCUCAAAUGAAUGCCGCAAUUAAUUUGAAUAAUCUUGAAUGAAGAAACGAAAAUUUACAUAAUUUGUGUACUCGCGGGACGCAGUAGCAGAAGCAGCAGAAGCAACCAUUUCGGUGGCAGCAUCCGUACUCACUGUAGGCAAGCAAAGUUUAAAGAUAAAUAAGAAAACAAAAAUACAAAAAUACAUAAAAAAUUCCAACGCCAGUAAAACAACCCAAAAGAGUUUGAGAGAAGAAAAGAGAAGUUAUUAGUAAAGAGUAAACACCUGAGAGAUGAUUGAUUGAUUCUAGCUGCACUGCACAAGAUUGAAUUAUCGAUACACGGGAGCCGUGUAGGAUAGACCGGGCAGUGUGAUAAAAACCCUUAGACGGGUGCUGAGUGGAAGCUGGCAGAGGUAGAUAAAUAAAACAAGUCUCCGGUUUGAUUGCUUUGACGUGAUCGUUAUUUUUGUAUUCGUUCGGAGCCAGUUAGGGCUGAAUCGAGAUUUGGCAGUGCCAUUUGAAUACUUGAAUUUUCAAGACAACGUCACGUCACCUGGAGCAGGAAAGUAAGCAUUUUGAAAGGACGCUGCGGCGUGUUAUGCUAGUGAGCCAUUUUUUAUAAGAUAGGAAAACUGAGCCCAAAUUUGGAGCCCUACCCCGCCAGCGUGGAAGGGCUUAACAGCCCUAGAGCGGUGGGGAUGGCCGCCACCACGUACAUAUCGCCUAGCGGCGAGCUGGACAUGGCCUUAGGCGGCGGUUACCAUACGUCUUCACCGCGAAGUGCAGCCGAUGCAAACGAGAUGAAGUAUAUGCAUCAUCAUCACCACCAGAGCCAUCACCAUGUGCCCUCUAGUCCUAGUCCGAAUCCUGCUGGUUUGGGUUCGGUAACGGGUGGCCUCGGUGGAGUUGGUGGCAAUCCUUGGGCUGCUCUUCAACCAACGGAUCCAUGGGCGUUGCAUUCGCAUCAUCCUCAUUCCCACCCGCAUGCGACAGACGUGAAGCAGGAAAUGCAUUUAUCGCAACAAGCUCGGGCACAGCAAGGUAUGGCUUCUCCACAUGCCUGGCAUGCACCGGUGCAUCCCGGAACGCAUUACGCCACUGGAGGAUCUCCACUGCAAUACCACCAUGCAAUGAACGGAAUGCUUCAUCAUCCUGCUCAUCCUGCUCAUCACCAAAGUGCACCCCCUUUGCAUCACUCGUUACGGGGUGAGUCGCCUCAGCUGCACAUACCACACCAUCACCUGCAGGGCGAUCGGGACGUGAGUGCCGGAGAAGAAGAUACUCCAACGUCUGACGAUCUAGAAGCGUUUGCAAAGCAAUUUAAACAAAGACGAAUUAAGCUAGGAUUUACACAGGCAGACGUAGGCCUGGCACUGGGCACCCUGUACGGCAACGUAUUCUCACAAACAACGAUAUGUCGAUUCGAGGCUCUACAGUUAAGUUUUAAGAAUAUGUGCAAACUAAAGCCACUGCUACAAAAAUGGCUAGAAGAGGCUGACUCUACCACGGGUUCGCCAACCAGCAUCGACAAAAUUGCUGCCCAGGGUCGAAAGCGAAAAAAGCGAACCAGCAUCGAGGUGUCAGUGAAAGGAGCCCUAGAACAGCAUUUCCACAAACAGCCGAAGCCAUCGGCACAGGAAAUCACUUCGUUGGCCGAUUCGUUGCAGCUUGAGAAGGAAGUAGUCAGAGUAUGGUUCUGCAACCGACGGCAGAAAGAAAAACGGAUGACACCACCAAAUACAAUGGGUGGUGACAUGAUGGAUGGAAUGCCGCCCGGACAUAUGGGCCAUGGAGGACACGGCUAUCAUCCGCACCAUGACAUGCACGGUAGUCCAAUGGGUACCCACAGCCACAGCCACAGUCCGCCCAUGCUCAGCCCUCAGAGUAUGGGCGGUGGAGGGCACCAUCAGUUAACGGCCCACUAGCAAUCAGAGCACCAGGAGUCCAGCAAUAAUUCGGCGGUGUUUCAACCGAUUCACCACCCUGGAAUCCUGCAACCACAUUCCGCCGCUAUUUCCUCAUCCAACGCUGGGAAUAGCUAUAGCAUAGCAUCGACCACCACAAAUACCUCUUCACCGCCGUCGUCGACGUCUUCAUCUUCCAAUGCGGCCGCAGCAGCGGCAGCAGCAGCAGCAGCGGCCGCUGCUUCGGGAGCUUCGACAUCGCCGUCGGCAGCUGCUGCUGCUGCGCAAAUGUACAUAGACCACCGGCAUCACCAGCAACAGCAGCAGAUGCACGCUAGGCGGAUAUUUCAGGAAUGGACUCUGCAGUUCGGACCCACCGGUACUGCAACUGGUGCACGAUAUUUGAAUUAAAAAAGAAAUCCUGGCCAGCCGGAUAACCAAAAGAGUUGGCAAUCUGCACGAUUGGGAACGGAAUCAUCAGUCCACCAAUCAGAAUACACACAUACACACACAAGAAAGAAAAACCAACAAAGAUGCAAGCUAGUAAAAUAUUAUUUAGUUUGAUGCCCUCUAAAUAAAUUGUUUAAAUCAAAGUUUAAACUCUAAACAAAAGCAAAAAGUGGUGACUUAAAUACAAUUUGUGAAAAUCCGAUCGAAACUGUGUUUACCUGUACAUAGAAGAAUAUGAAUAUGAGUAAGGUUAAUGUAAUCAGUAUCGUGUAAGGAAAAAAAUAGUAUGAAAAGUAGAAUUUAUAUACGACAUAAUACAAGUAAUACAAAACAGCAACACAACAAGAGCUAGAUAGAAACGAAUGAAGCGAAAGCUCUAGAGAGCGAAACCAGAGAAGUUCUAGUGAUAUAUAAAUGGGUAAAAUUGUAACACGAAGAUGCAAAUGUGAAGAUAAUUUCAUGGGUCAAAAGCAAUGCCUCGCCAUCAAAAACAGUUCAAUCAGUAAGUAUUUCAUUUUGAACUACAUAUGUUGCAGUACAGUGAUUUGGGUUAAUGAAUUCAGUGAUUUUAAGCUAAUCAUUGCACUAACGGGCACACAAGUUGAAAGUGAAACAAACCAGUGUCGUUCCAAAAUCGAUUUUCUAUGAUUUUCUAUGUGUGAAAUGACUCCGGCAAACCUCUGGGAAUUACCCGGUCGUAAACUGUUCAAGAAUCGUCCUACGCUUUGGUUGUAUUCGUACCUUUGAUGUGCCUUUUGCAGCUCAUCCUGUUAGGUGCUUUACAGUUGUUUGUGCCCUGCGCCGAAAAUUUCCUGUUCAGGAAAUUCCGGUAGUAUCCUUUUAUGAGGCAGCCGACGGCAGGCCGAUUAGUGAUGAUUGUUUUUUCUCAUGCGUUACCUUCACACCUUUUUGGGCCAGCAGCGGUUUGCUUUAAGACGGAAGAAGUUUGGAGUUUCCACAUCUGUGAGCUGGAUCAACAAGGGGCAGGAAAUAUUUACAAUUUGCACUGCGCCUUUGUUUUUCGGACAUUUUAAGGGAAUUCCUUUGACGCCCAUAAUCAUCGAGUAUGCUGCGCGGUGCGCUGUAAAAUUUGUUUUAGCCGGGGAUUUCCUCCUUGGCGAAAGAUUUAGCUUCUAUAAAACUGAAUGAUACGGUAAAGAAUUAGUUUUUGAUGGUUUGGUUUUUGCUUUCCGGCCCUGGAAUGGAGAUUAAGGUAGGGAAGUCGAAAGAAUAUGUCCACAGCUGUAUACCGAUUCUAAGAGAGGGACGCUAAAUAAACAUGAAAUAUUUGUAAUAAAACCAUGUGAGAAGAAAUAUAAAGCAAACACGCCGUUGUAUAAAAGCAUCUGAAAAUUAUGAAAACUUACUGCAAAAAGUGUACGAAACGAUUCAACAACAUAGAAUACCAAUAUUUGUAUAAGAAAAAAUGUGUAAGUACUGCGAGAACAUGGGAAAAAUUCACUAGAAAACCAUCGUUUUGCAAACAUUCCAAAUAAAAUUUCGUUUAUUUGUUUUUUCCUAAUUAUGGUCACAGGAGUAAUUCUAUUUCAUAACAAUCCGUAAAAUCCCUCACCAAGGUGAAACGCGUACCGGCAUGUGCACGCUUGUGUGCAAAUUUAAUGGCCGUACUAAUUUAAGUGUUCUUAUCGGUCACCUAAUUUUCCAUUUCGUAUUGAGGCACUUGCCCACCAACCGUGGCGGUCGAGCACUUUUUUUUGUUGUUCAGUGGCAGGUGUGCGUAGUUUUUCAUUCUUACUGCUUUUUUUUAUUCCCUUUUGAGUAACGUUUCGAAGUGCAGGUUGCCUUUUGUAACUUUAGAUGUUUUGUUUAUUAUACAACACAUCAUCGUAUGUCUGCUAGACGUAACUACCAAAUACAUACUUACAAUUUUGAUGCAGUUUUAUUCGAUGGAAUUGCAAGUGGAAUUUUCUUUGCCUUUUAAAAAAGAUGAUUGUGAUUAGAAAAAAUGUUGGUGGCAUUAAAAAUUACAAUUUUACACGAUUAUCAUCAAAAUCAUUUGAAUCGGAAUUUUGGAGAAAUUAAAGCAUAAUAAUUAUGUUUAUUGCGAGACAAUUUGUUCCAGUAGAGCUACGAUGGUGAGAUUAUAAUGGCAAGAUUCCACAUCUUGCUUGAAAUUUAUUUUCGAAUGAAUGCUGUGUUGGCAAAAUUAUGACUUGUUUAAAAGAAUAGUAUGUACUAGUAUACAAUAAACAGAAGCACUGAUAGGAAGAAUCUCUUGUUUGAUGACGAUUUGCCUGAUAAAUAAAAGAAAAAAUUGCCAUAUAAUUUUUACAUUUUUGAUGAAUGGAUUGGUAUAUAAACCGUUGCAAGUCGUUCAGAAUUGGCAGAGUUAUUAGGGUUCAAAAUCUUUCAUUAUUUCGUCCGGCUCGCUUGAAUCCCUACGGUAAGCAGAAAUUUUACUUUGUUUAAAAUGAAACACAAUGAAUGUAUUCGGAUCUGUUUGAAUGUAAUUUGCAUGAUUAUCAGAAAAUAUAAAAUGGAAACUCUUGUAAAUAUUCGCUAUUUAAGUGGAAAAAGUUGAAUAUGCUUUCGCUAAAUUCCUUGUAGUAUUGCCUUAAUAGUCAAUGAACUCAUUGGAAAGUUUUUCAGUGGAUAUAAGCAAAGCCAACGCAGCAUUCUUUUUGCUUUAAUUAUGUAUUUUCUGUGGAUUUCACGCGUCAUGGGAUACGGUAUGUUUAUUUUUUUCUAUUGAUUCUAGCAUAACUUUCACAAAAAAAUAACCAGAGAAGAAUGAUAUUCAUUCCCCUUGUUUGAACGUGAGGCAAAAUUAGCGAAAGGAAAAAAACACAAUGAAUAGGUUUAAAAAUAUGAUAACACACAGGGUAAAAUAUUAAAAUAAACUCCAUUUGAUAUCGUUGGCUUCCAUUUUUCUCUUUGUUAGCCGUUGCAAAUGGAUUUGUUUUGGCCAGUAAAAUAGUCAUCAUUUCGCUUGAGUUGAAUUACGUUUAGUUAAGCUUUCGACAUUCCGCCAGAACUUUUCAUCAUUUGCUUCCGUUCGAUGUUCAGUUUAAAUGAACGUUCAGAUGAUACGUUUGGAAGACCGACGCGGUAACAGCACUACAGUAUCGGUACUUGACUUAAUUAUGUUUUAUAUGUUAGGCGAACCGAAUCAAAAAUUUAAUUGUAAAAGCGAUAUCUCAUUUUUGUUAUUUAAUGUGUAGAAAAAAAAACCUAAACAAAAAACGACGAAGUUAAGACAGAAGAAAAAAAAGCUUAUAAUUACUACGGUUAGUUAAUUGUGAAAUCGUGAAACAUGAUUGAACUUAAUAAAAGUAUAAGAGGAAAAAAAAGAAAAAAACAAAGUCAUGCGCAAAUGUAAGUAAUGGUAAAUAGUACAUACACACUUUAUUAUCGGAGGAAUUUGCAUAAGGCAAAAUAAUAAGUGUAGAGGUGAGGAACAACCAAUUCAUGAAACAAAUAUAAAAAGAAAAUACAAAGAAAUUAUAGUAAUCCUCUUAUGAGUUUGUCGACUGUAAAUACGUGUAGAAAGACGUUUUUGUUGCUAGAAACAGUUCAGGAUCAUUCUGAUCGAGAUAAAACAGUUUCUUUUUUGUGUUUGUACGUAACGUGGUUUCAUUUAAUCAAAAUUUUGCGCUAACCUAAAAGUUAGAUGAAUGAAAAUCAAAUCCUAUUUUUGAAAGAAGAAAAAAUCGAUCAAAACAAUAAUUUCAUUGUUCAAAUUCUAACAUUCUAUCGAAAAAAUGCGUAAGAUGCAAAAUUACCUACAGUUUGAAAUAUUCUCACGGAUAUAAAAUUCGGUUCAUAAAGAUAUUGGAUUGGAUUAUUGGAUUAUUUUACUGUCUCAAUUUUUGCAAAGAAUACUUUCAUCGAUUUAUUGCAAAAUGUAUCACGGAAACACACAUGCAGAGAAAAAAAGAAUUAAGCUAAGUAAUUAAUUAUUAGAGUUAUUAUUAUUCUAUUAUAAUUAUUAUACACGAAAAGGCAACAAAACCAAUUUUAUUAAAA